AUGCCUGAGAUGUGCGGUCCCUUUGUGGUGGAUGGUUGUGACGAAAAAUCUCAGAGGAUCCAACUAGUGAGAGGAGGAAACUGGUUUGAACUUAAAAGUAUCUCUCAGGCUGAUAUCAUUUCAAUCACCGAUAAAGAGUUAGAGGGACAUUUGAAGCACAAUUCAUGUGAAUCCUUCAACAAUAUGAGUCUUCCAACCAGUCUCGGAGGCCCCUCCACAAUAUUGAUAAUUUCGGUAUCUGUAUUUUUCAUCUGGCGGUAUCGAUACAAGAGAAAACACGUUUCUUCAAACUUCAUUUCAGCAAAUGCUUCUUUGGAUCCCUCCUCAAAAUCAGAUCCGGAAGGGGACAAUGUCUACUUUGGGGUCCCUAUCUUCUCCUACUCUGAACUUGAAGAAGCCACUAACAACUUCGAUUCUGAAAAGGAACUUGGAGAUGGGGGUUUUGGAACUGUAUACCAAGGCAAACUCCGAGAUGGGCGGGAAGUUGCAGUGAAGCGCCUAUAUGAACACAAUUGUAAGAGGAUGAAGCAGUUCAUGAAUGAAAUUCAAAUCCUUACUCGCUUGCGGCACAAAAAUCUUGUCUUUGGUGUUGUCCUCAUUGAGCUCAUUUCAUCAAUGCCUGCUGUGGAUAUAACUAGGCAUCCGCAUGAGAUUAAUUUGGCCACAUUAGCAAUGAACAGGAUUCAAAAAUGUGCGUUCGAUGAGUUGAUUGACCCAUAUCUUGGAUAUAAGUUAGAUGAGGAAAUUAAAAGAAUGACCACUUCAGUUGCAGAGUUGGCUUUUCUAUGCUUGCGGCAAGAGAAGGAAAACAGACCUUCUAUGAUCGAGGUGCUAGAGGAACUAAAGACAAUUGAGAGCGGGGGGUAUGAAUUGGAGAAUCUGCAGGAGAAGCAUGGUGAUAAUGAUCCAACAAAGAACAUGGAGCCUCCGGAUUGUGAUGUGGCUGCAUCAUUGCUAAAGAAUAUCCAGCCACCACCGUCAUUGAAUUCCACAACUGAUAAGUGGAUUAGCAGUGGUUCUACUACACCUACUGUCAGCAGUUAA